CUAAAAACAGACAACCAGAUAGAUCCCAGCUUGGGUGUUCAUCCCAGGCUUGUGAAGCUUCUACAAAAAACUGCAAGUCCCAGGAUGCCUUUCAUAAGCACAAGACUGGUGUUCACACAUGCUCAGUGUAGUCUCAGAAGCCUAUUUUCUAUAGGUUCUUGGCUAGGUUAAAUAAGGUGGAGCAUGUAGCCCCACCCCAAAAGCAAGCAUCUGGAUUGGAGUUUGAGCUUAGCCCCAGGGUGGAGCUAGAAUUUACCUUUGUACUUCAGGCCGUCAGCAGUUGGCUGGGUGGGCCUGGAAAUGGCUGCUAUCCUGACGUCUCAGAGAGCUGCAAGCAGGUCCUCGAGGACAGCCACCAUGGCCUCUCAGCCUCUUAGGCUGGCAGAAGAAUCUGAUCCAAGUCCUGGGGAGUCUGAACUGGCUGUGAACCCCUUUGAUGGGCUCCCCUUCUCCUCCCGCUACAAUGAGCUGCUUGAGCAGCACCAAGCCUUGCCCAUCUGGGCUACUCGCUUCAUCUUCUUGGGGCAUUUGGAGAGUAGCCCCACAGGAGUAGUCCUGGUGUCCGGGGAGCCUGGCUCUGGCAAGAGCACCCAGAUCCCUCAAUGGUGUGCAGAAUUUGCCCUGGCCAGGGGUUUCCAGAAUGGCCAGGUUACUGUCACUCAACCCUACCCUCUGGCAGCCCUGAGCCUGCCUUUGCAGGUUGCUGAUGAGAUGGACCUGACUGUAGGUCAUGAGGUUGGAUAUAGCAUCCUUCAGGAGGACUGCACAGGACCCAACACUCUGCUCAGGUUCUGCUGGGACAGGCUGCUUCUGCAGGAGGUAGCCUCAACCUGGGGCACUGGAGCCUGGGGUGUGCUGGUGUUGGAUGAGACUCAGGAGCGAUCAGUGGCCUCAGAUUCACUCCAAGGGCUGUUGCAAGAUACCGUGCUGGAAUACCUUCCAGGGGACCAUCGAGUGGUUGUGGUUACUGACCCAGCCCUUGAACCUAAGCUCCAAGCCUUCUGGGGCAAUCCUCCUAUUGUGCAUGUACCCAGAGAGCUCAGCAGGAGUCCCAUCCCUAUCUACAGGGACACUGCUCCUAGUGAUUGGGUGGAAGCUCCCUGCCAAGCUGUGCUUGAGCUAUGUUGGAAGGAGGCUCCAGGAGAUGUGCUAGUGUACCUGUCCAGUGAGGAGGAAAUUUCCCUGUGCUGUGAAUCCUUGUCCAGGGAGGUGGGGACCCUGGCUUUCCUAGGGCCUCCACCACGGGUGCUACCCCUUCACCCAGGCUGUGGUCAAGCCAUUCAGGCUGUGUAUGAGGACACAGACAUGGGUGCCCGGAAGGUCGUGGUCACUCAUUGGCUGGCUGACUUCUCCUUCUCCCUCCCUUCCAUACGACACGUCAUUGACUCAGGACUGGAGCUUCAAAGUGUUUACAGUCCCUGGAUCCAAGCAGACUCCCAAGUCUUGAGACCAAUCAGCAAGUGUCAGGCAGAAGCAAGACGACUACGGGCAAGAGGGUUCCAACCAGGAUCCUACCUCUGCCUGUAUCCAAAGACCCUCCUAGAACUGGAGGCUCCCCCACUGCCCCAACCCAGGGUGUGUGAAGAGAAUCUGAGCCCCCUGAUGUUACUACUAAAGAGGAGACCGAUUGCUGAGCCAGGGGAGUGCCAUUUCCUAGACUGGCCUGGUGAGCACCCAUCCUGCCCAACUGCAGCCCUGUCUUCACCAGCUCCAGAAGCACUGAUGCAGGCCCUGGAAGACUUAGACUAUCUGGCAGCCCUGGAUGAUGAUGGGAACCUGUCAGACCUGGGAAUCAUCUUAUCAGAGUUCCCCCUGACCCCUGAGCUGGCCAAAGCCCUGCUGGCCUCCUGCAAGUUUAACUGUGUGGAUGAAAUGCUCACCCUUGCCGCCAUCCUCACGGCUGCCCCUGGGUUUACACGUCCUCCACUGUGUGCAGAAGAAGCUGCCCUGUGUUGGGCCCUCGAACAUGCUGAUGGUGACCACAGCUCUCUGAUCCAGGUUUAUGAAGCCUUUAUCCAAAAUGGAGAAGACGAAGCUUGGUGCCAGGCUCAAGGUCUAAAUUGGGCAAUGUUGUGCCAAGCCCAUAAACUUCAGGGAGAACUCCUAGAACUCAUGCAGUGAAUUGAACUUCCCUUGUCUCAACCAGGUUUUGGCUCUGAACAGAAUCGCAGAGACCUUCAGAAAGCACUGGUGUCAGGAUACUUCCUCCAAGUGGCCUGAGACACAGAUGGGACUGGAAAUUACCUGCUCUUAACCCAUAAGCAUGUGGCCCAGCUGUCCUUAUACUGCUGCUACCGAAACCACUGGGCUCCAGCCAGACCCCCACAAUGGGUGCUAUAUCACAGCUUCUCCAUUUCUAAAGACAACUGCCUUUCCAUUGUUUCUGAGAUUCAAACUGAAAUGCUGGUGGAGCUGGCCCCCCCAUACUUCCUGAGUAAUUUGCCCCCCGGUGAGAGCAGAGACCUCCUGAACCAGUUGAGGGGAGGAAUGGCAGAUUCAUCAGCAGAGAAAGAACCUUCCUCCACCCAGGAGUUCAGAGAUGCCUGUGUCCUGCAGUGAUCUGCCUACCCAAGGAAUGGAACUGAGCUCAUCUCAUAGCACUCGAUUCUCCUUCAGUCUGGCACCAAGGCAGCCAGCCACAUUUAGAAACCCAAAUUUUAGGAUCAGAUGUACAUCCCAGAGCCUAAGUCCCAAGAAGCAGUGGGCACAGAGUGGUGGGAAUGGGGUAAGCCACUGUCUAUGUAGCCUUAGCUUUCUCCUAUUUAUUGGUGAGGGACUGACAUCCUUCCCAUUCCAUCAACUUAUGUGAAACCUAACCUUAUACUCCUUUUUGGUCCAUAAAAAGAUUUUCCUAUAA